AUGGCAGCUUCAAAGGUGUGUCAUAUUCCCGCUCGCUCGCACUUCCAGUGCAACUACCUUACUCUUCAUGGAGAGGCUAUCGAAAGUACUAAACAUAUUGCUUCGCUGCAGCUCACCGAUCUUACCCUCAUCAAAAACGCAUGUUAUGUCAAUGGUGAAUGGGUAGCUGCAAAGUCUGGGAAGCACUUUGCUGUCGAAAACCCUUCAACCCUUGAAAAGAUUGGGAAUUGUCCCGAGUUCGACGCCAGGGACACAGAAGCCGCUAUCGCCGCCGCCGAUGCCGCAUACAAGACAUACCGUAAAACCCCGGCUCGCCAGCGGGCCCGGUACCUCCGCCGCUGGUAUGAUCUCAUGAUGGAGAACUCGGAGGACAUUGCACGACUCAUCACCCUUGAGAACGGCAAGCCUCUGGCAGAUGGCAGGACAGAGGCCAACUACGCAGCAGCUUUCUUUGAAUGGUUUUCAGAGGAGGCCCCUAGAAUUUAUGGUGAGACCAUUGAGGCAACAAACCCAUCAUGUCGUCUGUCCACCAUCAAACAGCCUGUAGGUGUCUGCGGCCUCAUUGCACCAUGGAACUUUCCCGCUGCCAUGAUUACCCGAAAGGCCGGGCCUGCGCUCGCUGCUGGCUGUACUGUUGUCAUUAAAGCUCCCGCUGAGGCUCCUCUGACAGCUCUUGCUCUGGCUGAACUGGCGCAUCGUGCUGGAAUUCCUGCCGGCGUUGUCAACGUUAUCACAGCUUUGGAUAACACUGCUGAAGUGGGCAAAGUCUUGACUACACACCCCAAGGUCAAGAAAGUCUCUUUUACAGGGUCAACUGGUGUGGGCAGACUCCUUAUGAAUCAAUCGUCUUCAACAAUCAAGAAAUUGUCCUUUGAACUGGGAGGAAACGCUCCUUUCAUCGUUUUCGAAGAUGCGGACCUUGUUAAGGCUGUCAAGGGUGUGAUCGCUUGCAAAUUCCGCAACUCGGGUCAAACUUGCGUCUGCGCCAACCGAAUUCUGGUGCACCGCAGUAUCUAUGACAAAUUUGUCCAAAUGGUCCUUGAUGUUGUCAAGACCUUUGUUGUUGGCGACGGCUUUGGUGAGGAGACAACUCAUGGUCCUCUCAUCCAUGGACGUGCCGUAGCCAAGGCUGCUGAGCAUGUUGAAGAUGCUCUUUCCAAGGGAGCCAAGCUUAUUCACGGUGGCGAGCGUCUACCACACCUCGGCCCUAACUACUUUGACCUCACAAUGUUGACUGGUAUGAAGCCUGGCAUGAAGAUCUGUAGCGAAGAGACUUUCGGACCUGUUGCUGCUUUCUUUGCAUUCGACAACGAGGACGAAGCUAUUGAGCUUGCGAACGACAGUGAUGUUGGUCUUGGAGGCUAUUUCUUCAGCAACAAUGUGAAUCGAUGUUAUCGCGUGGCUGAAGCCUUAGAGGUUGGUAUGGUUGGUGUCAAUUGCGGCGUUCUGAGCGACCCUGCCGCUCCUUUCGGUGGCAUUAAGCAGAGUGGUUUUGGAAGAGAAGGAAGCAAGUAUGGUAUCGACGAGUUUACAAUCACCAAGAUGGUUAUGACAAACAUUGAUCCAUAA